AUGUCACUCAUUGCCCUUUUUGCCAACCCCAGCAAACCUUCGAGCCGAGUUUCCGUCACUGCAACCUCCGUUCUCCGCGUGACGUCGUUUUUGUCGGGCUUACUCGCUCGCCAGGAUCGUUUCGCAUCGCUAUAUAUUAAAUUUAAUCUAUUUUCCCCAGCUAGUCGAGCGGCCACUGCCCUUCUCCGUCGAUCGCAUCAACACGUCAAGCACCUGUUCUCCGCGUCUACACCUAACCACCCCCCACCCCCGGCUCUCUCUCCACAGAUUUGGCCUUCCGUCUUUGCCGUGGCUCGCUCCGUUUCUUUGGUGCGCGUAUAUUGCUUCGAUAUUGCGAUGCCCUCCGAGGCGGAGUCCACCCAGGGUAUGGAUCCUCAAAAGACGAACGUGUUGUGCAGCAAGGGCAAAAGCCAAGCCGUCCCUAACCCGGAUGAGCAUGUUUUCGACGAUGCAUUUGAGGCGUUUUUCAUAUGA